CCAUUGCCAUAUAUUAUCAGAGACGAUCCAGGAUUUAAACUUUGUGGGUUCGAGUUUGAAAUUCUACCAGACUCCAUUUGAUUUAAUGGUUUCGGAAUCUAUUAUUUGUACUUAUUUAGUAGAAAUUUUCAGACAUACAAGGUCUCAGCCAAAACUAAUGGGUUAGGACCCGUUACUUGCAUGCUAAAUUAGCCCCUGCAUGUCACCCACUUCAACACCCGACCAAAUAAAUAAUCUAGUAAAUGAUUUCCUAGAGAAAGAAUGAAUUUUUUAGGGGAAGCAUUUUAUGUUUGCCAUAUUUUCUCCAUAGUGAAUGCACCCAAAGCCAUAUCAGAAUUUCAAGUAUUGAAUACUUUGAUUGUCCAAUUUUAGUUACUGGGUGUGUAUUUGUGCUUCUUUUACUGGCAAUGUUUACCAAUUCUUUUGUGGAAUGCAGAUGUGCUUCAAUCCGAGCGAUUGAGACUGACUCCAAGUAUCACAUGAGGAAGCUAGUCACAUACUGGACCAUCUUUUCAUUUAUUUCUCUAUUCGAGCACAUAUUUGAGAAACUUAUUGAAUGGUAAUGUGGUGUACUUUUAGCUGGCUAUAUUAAAAGGGGCAUAAAGUUGUCAAGUGUUCCUUUUCUGGCCCUCUUCUACUCAUGUGGAAAUAGGAACUCUUUGCAAUAUUGACACUUAAUUAUUAGAUUAACUUCCAAUAAGUCAUUGGGCAAGUUUUCCGGUGUCUUCCAGAAAUAAGAGCAAAUUCUGCCAUUAAUGGUUAACGAAUUUAUGAUAUUCUCAAUUAGUUGUCUCAUUUCGUAAGUAUUUCUACUUGAUACUAAACCAAAAAGGAUGUAUAUGCUUCAUACGCAAAUUCUUGUGCUUGCACCCCGAGUAAUUACACUUUAUUUCUGGAUCUAUACCCUUAUAUUGAUUCAUUGAAUUGUGAAAGAAUCUUUUUCAAGUGAACCUCAAAUUCUUAUGACACACUUAUUUCGGUUACUCAUCUAUAUUGAUAGUUUUAUGUCUGUUCUUGCUUGUGUUUCCUAAAUUCCCUUUGGUGAGAAGUUGAGGAUCCCAAGAGCUAGAGAGUUUGUUGAAGCAUUUGGGAAAAUUGUGCAAUAUACUUGGUUGAACAUGAGAAACUACUCCUGUUGCAUACACUAAUGUCUUUCCAUUUACUUUGGCAGGGUUCCUCUGUGGCCAUAUAUUAAAUUAAUUACCAUAUGUUGGUUGGUAAUACCUCAGUUUAGGCGCAUGUUAUUUUUAUCAAUAUCUUAUUCAUCCACGUUUGCUGGUGAGAUUGUACGAUGUUGUCACUCAGUUUUAUGGGUUUUACUAUAUUUACCAACGGUUUCUGUAUUUGUGCUUGUCUGUCUACCUUCAAAUUGUCACUGACUGGUUUAACAAGCCAAUGGAGGAUCCAUCUUUCAAGAAUGAAUCAUUUCUGGCGAUGGCGGAGAGGUAUGUUGAAGAAAAUGGAUCUGAUGCUCUGGAGAAACUUAUUGCAAACAAGUCCAAGGAUUAUAGUUUGAAUCAUCAUGCAGAAGAGAUCAAAACUACUGAUACUAGUGUUGAAGCAGGAACGCUCACCCAUAACCAGGUUAAAUGUGUGAGGGAAAAUCUAAUUUGGAUUGAGAAGACAACAACAAGGAUGCAGAUCAAGGAAAUGGUGGUUCCAACAAAGCAGGAGCAAGUAAAACAUGUAGCGGCAGCACAAUCGGAACUCAGUACUAAUGAAAAGUUGAAAGAAAAGGUCCACCUGGCAGAUACUGGUCAGCAAGAAAAUCCAAAGCAACUGAAGAAUGCUGAUGUUGCUGUUCAUAAUUCUAAGCUGUGGUGUGGUACUUGUAACAUGUGGUUCCCUGACGAGAUUGUUAUGGCCGCACAUCUUAAGGGGAGGGAGCACUUGGCCAAACUCCAAAUACCAAUGAGUUCUAUGGCUUUGGCAGAGAGGUACCUUGAAGAGAAUGGAUCUGAUGCUCAGGAGAAACUUAUUACACAUAAGGUAUAUCAGAUGUUACUUCAGCAAGGAGCAGCCAGUUCUUAUCAUUUGAUUCUUUCCAAAACUCAUUAACCAAGUGCCUGUCAUGAUCUUGUUUAGCCUAAAAUUCAUUUUUUAGUUCAACCAGUUAAAUUAUUUAGAAUGACGUCACAAGUGACGUAAUUAAUCCAAAUUGUUAAUCCUUUGAUAAUGUGAAUUAAACGAGAACAAAGUAAUAAGAAUAACAAUGCAGAUAAUUAAAGAGAAAUAAUUGAUAAUGUAAAAGAGAGGGAGAUUCUUAUUGAUUCUCUUGACUCAGAUGAUGAGAAUUGCUAAAAAGCAGUGAUGAACGGUCGUGUUUACAUAGAAUAAUCCUAAAGUUGUGUGUAAUCAGGGUGAAAAAUUAGAUGGAUACAGUUGUGGGGAAGUGGGAGAUUUUAUAGGAUAGCUAAGAGUAACUGCUUCAGUGGUCCUCGCCCGUUCCAACUGUUACGUGACUAAGAUCGUGGGUGUUAAAUGGGAUUAAAAAGAAUCAGUAAGAUCUCGGAGCCUGGUCGUUAGCUGGGUUAUCCUCUGUCCGGGCACUCUGAUAGAUCGUUCCAGAUUUCUAUUACCCGGUGUAAAUGAGGUGCGUCUGGGUGCUGAUUCUUGGAUGAUCCUACUAACCUUUGGUUUGACUGUCGUUAACCAAUUCAACAAUUGAUUGUGGUCUUCUCUACGCUUGCCAUGUGUUCGGUCAAAUAGUCUUCGCUUCCGGCAUAUUUUCACCAAUACAGAUCUCCUAUUUGCAGUCCAAGGAUUAUAGUUUGAAUCAUCAUGCAGAAUGGAUCAAAGCUACUGACACUUGCGAUAAAUCAAGAAUGCUCAUCCCCAGCCAGGUGCCUGAACUGUUAUUCCUAACUCCCUAUACUGUAUGAAACAGUCGUUAAGUUCUUAUGCUGCUGCUUUUUGGGCAUUUUCGCUUCAUAAUGAAUCUGAAAUUUACAUUAUCAGUUGAGUACUAUUUGAAUGUUUUGCAUAAUGUAAUGAUAUCAUGCACUAACUUGUAAGAUUUUCUUAUUUCCAGCAAACUUAUGAAUGUUUCCUAUGGUAGAUGC